AUGAAUACUACAAAAGUGAUUGUUAUUGGCACAGGGCCAUCGGGAAUAGCUGCUGGAACAAAGCUCUUAGAAUAUGGUUUUCAAGACGUAAUUUUGCUUGAAGCCGAAGAUCGUAUUGGUGGUCGAAUCCACACCAUUCCAUUUGCUGAUAACGUCGUUGACUUAGGAGCUCAGUGGUGUCAUGGCGAGAAGGAUAAUGUUGUUUAUGAGAUGGCUAGCAAGCAUAAUCUUGUAGCUCACACGGAAGACAACUUUUACCUAUUCCAAUGCAUCCGUUCCAAUAAGGAAAUAGUUCCGAUAAAGUUGCUAGAACGUUUUAAAUCAAUCAUCGAUAAUAUCGUUGAAGUCACUGCAAACACUGAUCUUUUAACCUACAAGGGCUCUGUUGGUGACUAUAUCGAUGAGAAAUAUUUUGAAGCUCUCAAGGCACCUGAGAAUUCUGACAUUGAUCCUGCAAUUGCCAAAGAGUUAUUGGAACAUUUUAAGAGAUACGAAAAUUCAGUUGAUGGAUGUGAAACAGUUAAUGAUUUGUCAGCUAAAGGUUUUCUUGAAUAUUCAGAAUGCGAGGGUGAUCAAGCAUUGACCUGGAAGGAGACGGGUUAUCAUUCAAUUCUACGUGUUAUGAUGCAAUCGAACGAAAGCAAUGCAUUGGGAGUUCUUGAUAAACGAAUUAAGCUGGGAAAAUCGGUGAACAAGAUUAGUUGGAAUGAAGACGGUAGCAAGAUUCAAGUUCAGUGUAAAGAUGGUGAGAUAUUUGAAGCUGAUCAUGUUAUUGUAACAGUGUCACUUGGAGUUCUUAAGGAUAAGCACUCAACCUUAUUUCAUCCAAAAUUACCAGUGGAGAAAAUUCGUGCCAUUGAAACGAUGGGCAUUGGUACUGUUAAUAAGAUUUUCCUUGAAUUUUCUACUCAAUUUUGGCCAAAUAAUUGGAAUGGUUUUUCGACAUUGUGGCGUGAAGAAGAUCUUGCAGAAAUCCGUGGUACUAAUCGAGCAUGGUUGGAAGAUGUUUAUGGAUUCUAUCGAGUAGCUCAUCAGCCUAGAAUAUUAAGUGGUUGGGUUGUUGGUGCUAAUGCACGUCACAUGGAGACUUUAACAGAUGAUGAAAUAUAUGAAGGAAGUAUGUAUAUUUUGAAGCGAUUCCUUGAAAUGGAUAUUCCAAAGCCGGUCAAUUUUAAGACAACAGGAUGGUAUAAAAAUGAGAAUUUUAGAGGAUCAUAUUCAUAUCAAUCGGUGAGGGCGGAAGAAGUUAAUGCAAAACCAAGUGAUUUGGCAAGUCCUUUGGAGAGUUCUACAAAGAAACCACUUGUUUUAUUUGCUGGUGAGGCAACCAGUGAUCAUCAUUUUUCAACUGUUCAUGGGGCUAUUGAAACUGGAUGGAGGGAAGCGAAAAGAUUGGCUGAUUUGUAUAAAAGCUGA